ACAAAUGUACUAAAAACCAUCCGACUUCUGCAUAAUUCAUACUCGUGUAAGAUAAUGUCGCUGACUCAUUAUGCCAGGAACAUUUUCUUGUAGUUAUGAUAUCCAGGUAUCACCUUAUUACAAUGCCGAAGGCAAGAUGACAAUGAACGUUUACUAUAUUUUCCCCACAAACAUGCAGUGAAAUUGACCAUGAUUAUACACCAUUAUUGUGGCUCCAUUCAUGUUUUCCUGCAACAAAACCCUUAUUUUACUUUCAUGUCAUGUUUUUCUCUGGCACAGAAUGAGAGAAAACAAAUUAAAAUGUGUGAUGUGUAUAAAAACACACAUAAUGUGCUUUUGGUGGGUUUCGAAGCAAAACUUCAGCAGCGAUUUGAAUAAUCGCAGUGGACUUCAGUGGACAAUUUACCACAGAAUUUCCAAGAAAAAAAAAAAAAAAAAUUGUACUCUAUUUAACAGUUAAAUGCUCUGGUAGGGAUGAGGCUACAGGGAGGUCCUACUUCCCAAAGACAGUCAUACAUGUAAAAUAAGGUCAGAGGAUGUCACCAGCAAAGCUUUAUAUUGAAGGAGGACAGCAGAGCAUUGGUUUGUUCACUGAAGAGAGAAAGGCUCAGCAGUGCUCUAUAAGCUUUACAAUUCAGCAGUAUGAACGUCAAGGCACUGAUUCUCUUCCUGUCAGCAAUGAUCUGUCAGUCCACAGCUGUGAUUGACAUGGAUACACCUGAGCCCAUUCCAGACUCCAAGCAGCACUAUUUCUCAAUGGAGCGGAGGCAAUUUGACGAGCCCAACGCUUCGGACGACGCAAGCCUUUGCUUUUUCAUCCAAGAAAAAGAUGAAUUGAGUAAAAUUUCCUGCAAACAUCGAUUAACACGCAGUAAAUUCAACUACAAUCCGUUUGGGCUACGCUUUGGGAAGCGAAAUGAAGCGACAACUACUGACUCUGACGGACCCAAACACAAGCACCUGCUGCCAAUGAUGUUUUACCUGAGAAAACAAUUAGAAACUUCGUGAAAAUCACUCUUCAUCAGAUGGAAGGAUGUGGUUUGCUUGGUUGAAAACUGUGGGUAAUUAUUUCAGGCACGCUUUGCCUGUUAUUAUGCUUUUUUAUUUCUUAAUCAUGGGAUUUUAUGGCGCACUUGUUUCAUUGAGUUAUUGUAUUUGUGCAAUAAACGUUUUAUAUUGUU